AUGGAGACAAAGUUAUGUGCUUUUGCUUUUAUUUCGGAGGUUUUGUUUUUGUUGCUUCUGAAUCCACUAUGCUUGAUUUCUGCUAACAUGGAAGGUGAUGCUUUACAUAACUUAAGGACAAAUUUACAAGAUCCUAACAAUGUUCUGCAGAGUUGGGAUCCUACACUUGUUAAUCCUUGCACAUGGUUUCAUGUAACCUGCAACAAUGAUAAUAGUGUUAUUAGAGUGGAUCUGGGAAAUGCUGCUUUAUCUGGCACACUUGUUCCACAGCUUGGUCAACUCAAGAAUUUGCAGUAUCUGGAGCUUUACAGUAAUAACAUUACCGGUCCUAUUCCAAGUGACUUGGGGAAUCUUACUAACUUGGUGAGCUUGGAUCUGUACCUAAAUAAAUUCACUGGCCCUAUCCCAGAUUCAUUGGGCAAGUUGUCAAAAUUGCGUUUUCUCCGGCUUAAUAACAACAGCUUGAUGGGUCCUAUUCCCAUGUCACUGACUAAUAUUACAGCUCUCCAAGUUCUGGAUUUGUCUAAUAACCAACUCUCAGGCGUGGUUCCCGAUAAUGGCUCCUUCUCAUUAUUCACUCCGAUCAGUUUUGCAAACAACUUGAAUCUAUGCGGACCAGUCACUGGGCACCCUUGUCCAGGCUCUCCACCGUUUUCUCCGCCUCCCCCUUUUGUCCCUCCACCCCCAAUUUCUGCCCCAGGAACUGGAGGUGCAACUGGAGCGAUAGCUGGAGGAGUUGCUGCUGGUGCUGCUCUAUUAUUUGCCGCGCCUGCAAUUGCAUUUGCAUGGUGGCGUCGAAGGAAACCGCAAGAGUUUUUCUUUGAUGUUCCUGCUGAAGAGGAUCCUGAAGUUCAUCUUGGGCAGCUCAAGAGGUUCUCACUACGAGAGUUGCAAGUUGCAACCGAUACUUUCAGCAAUAAAAACAUUCUUGGAAGAGGAGGGUUUGGUAAGGUGUACAAAGGACGUUUGGCAGACGGCUCACUGGUUGCUGUCAAAAGAUUGAAAGAAGAGCGGACACCUGGUGGGGAGCUUCAGUUUCAGACUGAAGUAGAGAUGAUUAGCAUGGCUGUGCAUAGAAAUCUCCUCCGUUUACGUGGGUUUUGCAUGACACCAACUGAAAGGUUACUUGUUUAUCCCUACAUGGCUAAUGGAAGUGUUGCCUCCUGUUUAAGAGAGCGUCCUCCACAUCAAGAACCGCUAGAUUGGCCAACAAGGAAAAGAAUAGCUUUGGGAUCAGCAAGGGGUCUUUCAUAUUUACACGAUCAUUGCGACCCAAAGAUCAUUCAUCGUGAUGUGAAAGCUGCUAACAUAUUGUUGGAUGAGGAGUUUGAGGCUGUUGUCGGAGAUUUCGGAUUGGCAAAACUUAUGGAUUAUAAGGACACCCAUGUGACAACGGCUGUACGUGGUACAAUUGGGCAUAUAGCUCCCGAGUACCUAUCUACUGGCAAAUCUUCGGAGAAAACAGAUGUUUUUGGUUAUGGUAUCAUGCUUCUUGAGCUUAUCACUGGACAAAGAGCUUUUGACCUUGCCCGGCUUGCAAAUGAUGACGAUGUUAUGCUGCUUGAUUGGGUAAAAGGACUUCUGAAAGAGAAGAAGCUUGAAAUGUUGGUUGAUCCCGAUCUUCAAACCAACUACAUAGAAGCAGAGGUAGAACAAUUAAUCCAGGUUGCACUGCUCUGCACGCAAGGUUCGCCUAUGGACCGGCCUAAGAUGUCAGAAGUGGUGAGAAUGCUUGAAGGGGACGGGCUGGCAGAAAGAUGGGACGAGUGGCAAAAAGGGGAAGUUCUACGGCAAGAAGUGGAACUGGCACCUCAUCCCAAUUCAGAUUGGAUUGUUGACUCUACUGAAAAUCUACACGCAGUUGAAUUAUCUGGUCCAAGGUGA